AUGGCAACAGCAGCAGCGAGUACAGCUAGCAAUCCGCAAGCCAACAAAGCCGCCUUUGAAGAAGGUGUUAAAUACAUUAUCGAGUCAUGGACUGCAUUAAGGCUUGCUGUCGAGCAGGAUUGGGGUGGUGUUGAUUCCGCCGAGAAACGAGAUUGGAUGAUCGAUGUCAUUGUAGACUACUUUGGCAAGAACGGCAAAAAGCUUGAUAUCGUUGAUAUUGAAGACAUUCUUUCGCAAAUCAUGACGGACGAAUUUCUGACAAUUUUGGAGGACGACUCGGCCUAUUUGGUGGCUAAACAUUUGGUUGAGAUUUAUAAUCAAUGUAUUCACGGUAACUUUACCGAAGUCGAACGACUGAGAGAAAAAUGUCAAUCCCGCAGUCAAGUGGCAGCCAGCUGUGUGCAGCAGCAGGAUGGCAGCGAUUCUGAAGACACGGAUGGCGAGGAGGAUGACCAUGAAGAGGAUGGCAUGGACGUGGAUACUGGAUCCUCUGAACGUGCACAACCAGAGGAGGAUGAAGUGGAUGAAGAUGGAUUUAUUACGGUGCGCCGCAAGAAAUAG